AAGUCAUAAGAAUCCCUUCCAUUUUAGGGCUCGUUGACGUCACCAAGAGGCGAUAAAUAUCUGUUGAUAUAAUUGGAUGUGAGAUUCAGUGUUGAGAUAGCAAAAUUCUGCCCCUCGUUCCUUGGCAGGGCCCUAUGAUUUAUGCAGGAGCAGAGGCAGCACGCAAUCGAGCUGUCAAGAGAGCGUCAGCUUAUUAGGCAAAUGCUGCGUGGUUUUUGAAGAGGGUCGACACUAUAAAAUCCCACUCCAGGCUCUGGAGUGGAGAAACUCGGAGACCAAGUCCAUUGAGAGACUGAGGGGAAAGAGAGGAGAGAAAGAAAAAGAAAGUGGGAACAGUGAAGAGAAAGGAAGACAACCUCCAGAGAAAGCCCCGGAGACGUCCCUGUGCAGAGAGGUGGCAGCACCCGGCUCACCUGCGAAGCGCCUGGGAAGCGAGUGCCCCUAACAUGCGGCUGCCGCUGCUCGUGUCCGCGGGCGUCCUGCUGGUGGCUCUCCUGCCCUGCCCGCCAUGCAGGGCGCUCCUGAGCCGCGGGCCGGUCCCGGGAGCUCGGCAGGCGCCGCAGUACCCUCAGCCCUUGGAUUUCUUCCAGCCGCCGCCGCAGUCCGAGCAGCCCCAGCAGCCGCAGGCUCGGCCGGUCCUGCUCCGCAUGGGAGAGGAGUACUUCCUCCGCCUGGGGAACCUCAACAAGAGCCCGGCCGCUCCCCUUUCGCCCGCCUCCUCGCUCCUCGCCGGCGGCAGCGGCAGCCGCCCUUCGCCGGAACAGGCGACCGCCAACUUUUUCCGCGGGUUGCUGCAGCAGCAGCUGCUGCAUCGGCGCUCGCUCGACAGCCCCGCGGCUCCCGCGGAGCGCGGCGCUGAGAAUGCCUUCGGCGGCCACCAGGAGGCACCGGAGAGAGAAAGGCGGUCCGAGGAGCCUCCCAUCUCCCUGGAUCUCACCUUCCACCUCCUCCGGGAAGUCUUGGAAAUGGCCAGGGCCGAGCAGUUAGCGCAGCAAGCCCACAGCAACAGGAAACUCAUGGAGAUUAUUGGGAAAUAAAAAGGUGCGUUUGGCCAAAAAGAAUCUGCAUUUAGCACAAAAAUAAAAAUAAAAUACAGUAUUCUGUACCAUAGCGCUGCUCUUAUGCCAUUUGUUUAUUUUUAUAUAGCUUGAAACAUAGAGGGAGAGAGGGAGAGAGGGAGAGAGCCUAUACCCCUUAGUUAGCAUGCACAAAGUGUAUUCAAGUGCAGUAACAACACAAUGUUAUUCGUUUUGUCUACGUUUAGUUUCCGUUUCCAGGUGUUUAUAGUGGUGUUUUAAAGAGAAUGUAGACCUGUGAGAAAACGUUUUGUUUGAAAAAGCAGACAGAAGUCACCCAACUGUUUUUCUUGUGGUCUGAGCCAAAGAGAAUGCCAUUCUCUUGGGUGGGUAAGACUAAAUCUGUAAGCUCUUUGAAACAACUUUUUCUUGUAAACGUUUCAGUAAUAAAACAUCUUUCCAGUCCUUGGUCAGUUUGGUUGUGUAAGAGAAUGUUGAAUAUUUAUAUUUUUAAUAAAAGUUGCAAAGGUAA